UUUUUUUAAAUGGAGUGAUGUAACCUGGUUGAGCUGUAUCACACUGUGUGUGUGUGUGUGUGUGUGUGUGUGUGUGUGUGUGUGUGUGUGUGUGUGUGUGUGUGUGUGUCAUGGUGUGGAUGCAGCAACAUAGGUGAUUUCAAUUAGAAAUCAGGCACUGCUCUGCUGAAGGCACAUAGAUCUGCAUCUCUUUGCAGAAUUCCUCGCAGAAGCUCACAGGUGUGCCAAACAGGGAAGACCAGGAGUCACUGAUCAGAAGGACCAAACACCUGUCCAGCACUGAGUCGAACGGCUGGAUGAACUGGGCCGAUUGGGGGAAGCUCAAGUCAUCGUCACUCUGGCUUCAUACAUGUUGGUUUGGUGAAGACAAUUCAACUUCCCCCUGGAUUUUAACUGGUCUCCCUGCCCUGUUUUGUAGGCACAACCUGCACAGACUGAGCUUUUAUAUGGACUUUUAGCUUUUUCAAUUAUUUUUAAUAAAUUAUCUAUUUUUGAAGCGAUCCUAUUCUGUGCUUCAUUGCCCACAUUUAUGCUGGUUGGUCAGCUUCACUUCAUGUAACAUCUUGGGGGCUGAUCUGCGGGUGUUACAGGCGGCUGACACCCAUAUGACGAAAAAAAUCUUGGUAGCGUCAUCCAAUCACGAGGCCUCCUGCUACCAAGAAUUAACCAAGAAUUAGUAGAGAUAGCCAAUCACGACACACGCUGCUACCAAGAUUUGCCUGAGCUACAGGGUCGUUGGCCAACCACAAAGAGUCCGCCUCCAGCUACAAUGGACGAAUCACAGUGGUGGAGCACCCGGCCUGUUUACUCAGCUGCAUCUCCAUCAAGGCUGCCUGAUUUCCACUCUGAUGACACUACUCCAGGGACAUCAAGGAGACAGGACUCCGCUGGCCCCAACAACACCGAAGGUUUCAGAGCUGUGCAGGAUUUGGCACUCUUCAAUCUGAGAAAGCACAGCCUGCCUCUCACCCUUGAAGAGUCCAAUAACAUUGUUGCUCUUUGGAAAAGAUUGUCAGAGCACGACAGGCAGCGCACCGUUUUUUCUCCACGCCACCAAACAACCCUGAACAAAGGCCGUUUUAGAGCAACAAAAAAAAAAAUAUAUAUAUAUAUCGUUGCACCAGGCGUGGAGACGACAAAACGGUGCUAUUCUGGAGCACGCAUUCCUGGACAGUGGCCGGAUUGCAACCGGAUUGUUGAGGCCAUUUUUGUCCAGCUCUGCAUGGCUUACCCAAACCCAAAGAGAGUGGAAGGUGUGACAUUUUCAAGGUGGACCCUCAUCAUUCGUGCUUACAAGCACAUUAGAGAGUGCAUCCUGAACAAUUUCACCAUCAUGGAGGAGACGACCAUACAGUUGCCAGAAGUCAACAAAACAACCCUCACACAGUGGUAUUGCACACACACCCGGACACAGGAGAAAGACAUUCUUGAACAGGGCAUUCUGUCACCAAAGCCAGCCAUUUCCGGUGAUGGCAGUCAGCACCACAGCAUAAAGCCAUUCACCCACAAGUUAUUGCUGCAGGAGAAAAGGCUCAAGUUCCUUUUUUGAAAAUAUGUGUUUUCUAAUGAAUUUAGUUAAU